UUUUUUUCCUCUUUUUCUCAACACAAACAAAUACAGAGAAUUUAAUUUCCUUCAUUUCUCUUUCACCAUUUCCUUAAUUAAAAGCUCUCAAAACUUGUAAAUGGCUACUUCCAAAGUCCUCCUUGCAUCAGUUUUUCUUUCUCUGCUUGUUCUCCAUCAAGUCCAUGCAGUUCAAACCAAUCAAGCUACUAGCAAUGCCAUUCCCCAAAAUGAUUCCAGCAUGAAAAUCGAUUGUGAGGGGGCUUGUGCUGUAAGGUGCCAAUUAUCCUCGAGGCCAAAUCUCUGCAAGAGGGCUUGCGGGACUUGCUGCGCCAGGUGCAACUGCGUGCCGCCGGGCACUUCCGGCAACUACGAUGCCUGCCCUUGCUAUGCCAGUUUGACUACCAAAGACAACAAGCGCAAAUGCCCUUAAGUUAUUACAACCUAGUUUUCAUUCGCAGAAUCCAUCCCCAUAUUUUCAUAUGUUUAUUAUCAGAAUAAUGUAUAGAUGGAAUCUUGUGUUUAGCUUUGUUCUUUUGUGUUCAUAUGUAUGUGUCAUAUGAAAGCGUUUAAUUUGUCUUGUUAUAUAUAAUAUUCCUGUAAGAGUCACUGAGCCUAACGGUUGCAGAUAUAUUUGUGGUAUCUUGUCUUAAUCUUUUCAUUUGAUCGUUU